ACAACUAGAAAUGCAUGUGAUGGUGGGGUCAAUUAGCUAGGUUAGGUCGAUUGGUCUAGCCUGGACCUUGCGAAGCUAUGAGUCACGUCAUUUUCAACCCAUCUUACAUGGGGGCAUUUUGAACAGCAUCAUACAUACAUAGUUGGUUCUGUUUGUCCAGCGCCACGGAAGCCGGCGUACCUGGAAUCCCACAAUCACCUACCAUCUGAAAAUCUAGCAAGAUGUUCACCGGACUAGUCGAGGAGAUAGGAACCGUCGUAGAGCUGGACUCCCACGACGAGACGGGCGGGACCUCGCUGACCAUCGCGCUGCCGCCGUCCUCGAAACUCCUCGAAGACGCCGCCCUCGGCGACAGCAUCGCCAUCAACGGCGUCUGUCUGACGGCCACGUGGCUCUCGCCGUCCGCGCCGCGCUUCAAGGUGGGCAUCGCGCCCGAGACGCUGCGGCUCACGAACCUGGGGCAGCUCGCGCGGGACUCGCGCGUGAACCUCGAGCGCGCGGUGCGCGCCGACACGCGCAUGGGCGGCCACUUCGUGCAGGGCCACGUCGACGCGACGGCGGACAUCAUCCGGGUCGCGGCCGACGGCAACGCCGUGACGCUCCGGUUCCGGCCGCGCGAGGCGCACCGCGAGAGCGUCAUGCGGUACGUCGUGCACAAGGGCUUCAUCGCGCUCGACGGGACGAGCCUGACGAUUACCAAAGUGGACGAUGUCGAGGGCUGGUGGGAGGUCAUGUUGAUCGCGUACACGCAGGAGAAGGUCGUCCUCGCCGAGAAGAAGGAGGGCGAUAGCGUCAACGUGGAAGUCGAUGUCCUUGCGAAGUAUGCCGAGAAGAGCAUGGCGGGAUACCUCGGCGCGAGCGGUGGGCAGGCGCUUCUUAAGCCUGUUGUCGAGAAGAUGGUGCAGGAUAUGAUUGCGCAGGCUAUGGGCGCACAUCAGACGAAGUAAUCUUGAGUAGGGACAU